AUGACAGAUCGUUUGAUUAAUCGAAUACGACAUUCAGAUCCAGAUAUAGAAUUUUUACCAAUAGAAAGUAUAGGACGUGCAAGACGUGGAUUAUCUUUAGAAAGUUCAUCAUUAAUGAGUAAUGAAUCUACUAAUCGUUUUGCAAGUAUUCAGUUAUUGGCUGCAAUUCAUAAAGCUGAAAAAAUAAAUAAAUAUACACGUUUGGAGAAUGAACUUUUUUCCCGUUAUUUACGACGUAUUGAAAGUUCAAAAAUUAUUGAAAAAUUUAAUGACUAUGAAGAUGAAGAUGAUAUGAAUAUUACUGACAGAUAUACUUCUUCGGAUCAAUCAUCAGUAUAUGCGAAAUUACCAGAAGUAGCACGACGUUCAUCUCUUAAAAGAAAUUCACUUCCUUCAUCUAAUGCAUUACCAUCAUGGAGUAAACUAGUAAAUAAUUGGCGUAGUUAUAUGUUUGAAGCAUAUCUUUUACGUGUUGAACAAGAAAAAUUAUCAAUAGCUGCAUAUGAAAUUGAGCAAACAAAAUUAGAUUUGGAACGAAUGAAUAUGAAUGCUCGAUUAGUACUGGAUCACUUUUAUGUUCUUCUUCGAACUGCCGAAUCUGAUGAAACUGCUCAUGAAAUGUUCUAUGAUGAUUUAAGAAAAAAUAUAAAUAAAUUUCGACAAAAGAUAAGUGGCGAAAAAAUGAACAAAUCACGUGUACGUAUUCCAGCUGAACUUCUUAUCAAUCAUUUUAAUAAACGAUUACAUUCGCGUAUGAGUUUAAUUGGAAAUUUACACACAAAUACAGCACGUACACAAUUACGUAUCCGAAUAGUUGAUGCAGCAAUUUAUGCACUUGAUCAUUCACAUGAAAAAAUGCGUGAAAUCGAUAUUAAUUUUGUUCGAACAAGAAAAGUUGAUUAUUUGAAUACAUAUGAAAAACUUGAUAGACAAUAUAAAAUAGAAAAAUCUGCUCAAUAUCCAGUACUUAAUCAAUUACAAGAGAUGAAAACAGAAUUAUUUCAACAGGAAAAAGAGAAAUUUGAUAUGGAAAAUAAAUGUAAAUUAUUAGAGAAUCGUUUAGAAAAAUUAACAAAUGAAAUAAAUUCUAUUGAACAUGAAAAUGAAGUUAUUUUUAAUGAAAAUAAUAUUUUAAAAAAUCGAUUAGCUGAUAUUAAACAAGCACCAUCAAUUAUCAAUUAUGCUUAUAGUAUUGAACAAUCAAAACAAUUACAAUAUGAAAUUGAUAGUUGGACACGAAAAGUUAAUAUUGCUCAAGUAAGUUUUCAUAUUUAUGAAUUAGAUUUUCUUUUUCUAUUAUAA